CUCCACCUCUCUCCUCUUUCUCUCUUGCUCCCUUCCUCUCUGCAACUGAACAGUGAAAAUUCACAUUGUGGAUCCGCUAACAGGCACAGAUGUCAUGUGAAAACGCACAUGCUCUGCCAUCCACACCGCCUUUCUUUCUUUUCUGUUUCCUUUUUUUCCCCUUGAUCGCUCUCCCUCUUCUUUGUAACUAACAAAACCACCACCAACUCCUCCUCCUCCUGCGGCUGCCCUUCUCCUCCUCCUCCUCAGUCCAAGUGAUCACAAAAGAAAUCUCCGAGCCCGAGGCGGUGGCAUUUUUUUUUUUUCCAAAAAGCAAGCACACUGGAGAGAAAGAAAAAAGAAACAAACAAACAAACAAAAAAGCAAAACAAAACCCAGGCACCAGCCAGCCAGGACAUUUUUUUUUCCACCCUGCCUGAAAACAAACAAACAGCCAUCAAAAACAGUCAUCAGCAACAGCAUCAAAACUGUUAGCAUAGCGGCGGCGGCCACCGUCACGCUGUGGCCACGACGUCUGCCUAAAGGGAUGCUUCUCUCGGCGGAGCAGCUCUUCGCAGACCGCCUUCUUCCCUCGUGCUGAGCGGGAUUUUUGGGUUCUCUGGGGUUCGGGCUGGGAGCUUCAUGACUACGCGGAGCAGGACAGCGGCCACACCAUGCGAGUCAGGCUUUUCACUGCUCCGUCAGAAUGUGUGAGAACCAGCUCAAAACCAAAGCUGACGCCACUGCACAAAUUGAAGUGAUACCAUGCAAAAUUUGUGGCGAUAAAUCCUCUGGGAUCCACUACGGAGUCAUCACGUGUGAAGGCUGCAAGGGAUUCUUCAGGAGGAGCCAGCAGAACAAUGCCUCUUACUCCUGCCCAAGGCAGAGAAACUGUUUGAUUGACAGGACCAACAGGAACCGCUGCCAGCACUGCCGACUGCAGAAGUGUCUUGCCCUAGGAAUGUCCAGAGAUGCUGUAAAGUUCGGGAGGAUGUCCAAGAAGCAGCGGGACAGCCUGUAUGCUGAGGUGCAGAAGCACCAGCAGCGGCUGCAGGAGCAGCGGCAGCAGCAGAGCGGAGAGGCAGAGGCCCUGGCCAGGGUGUACAGCAGCAGCAUCAGCAACGGCCUCAGCAACCUGAACACCGAGACCGGCGGCACCUAUGCCAACGGGCACGUCAUUGACUUGCCGAAAUCCGAGGGAUAUUACAACAUAGAUUCUGGUCAGCCAUCUCCCGAUCAGUCAGGACUGGACAUGACUGGAAUCAAACAGAUAAAGCAAGAACCUAUCUAUGACCUCACAUCCGUACCCAACUUGUUUACCUAUAGCUCUUUCAACAAUGGGCAGUUAGCUCCGGGGAUAACCAUGACUGAGAUCGAUCGAAUUGCACAGAACAUCAUUAAGUCCCAUCUGGAGACAUGUCAGUACACAAUGGAAGAGCUACAUCAGCUGGCAUGGCAGACCCACACCUAUGAGGAAAUAAAGGCGUAUCAAAGCAAGUCCAGGGAGGCUCUGUGGCAGCAGUGUGCCAUCCAGAUCACCCACGCCAUCCAGUACGUGGUGGAGUUCGCAAAGAGGAUAACGGGCUUCAUGGAGUUGUGUCAGAAUGACCAGAUUUUACUUCUGAAGUCAGGUUGCUUGGAAGUGGUUUUAGUGAGAAUGUGCCGUGCCUUCAACCCACUAAACAACACUGUUCUGUUUGAAGGAAAAUAUGGAGGAAUGCAAAUGUUCAAAGCCUUAGGUUCUGAUGACCUGGUGAACGAAGCAUUUGACUUUGCAAAGAAUCUGUGUUCCUUGCAGCUGACUGAGGAGGAGAUUGCUUUGUUCUCCUCUGCCGUUCUGAUAUCCCCAGACCGAGCCUGGCUGAUAGAACCAAGAAAAGUCCAGAAACUUCAGGAAAAAAUCUAUUUUGCACUUCAACAUGUGAUUCAGAAGAAUCACCUGGAUGAUGAGACCCUGGCAAAGUUAAUAGCCAAGAUACCAACUAUCACGGCAGUCUGCAACUUGCAUGGGGAGAAGCUGCAGGUCUUUAAGCAAUCUCAUCCAGACAUAGUGAAUACACUGUUUCCUCCAUUGUACAAGGAGCUCUUUAAUCCUGACUGUGCUGCGGUCUGCAAAUGAAGGGGAUGAGAACUCUCAGAGUCAUGGAAUGCAUCGCCGUUAAGACAAAAGCAAUGUGUUCAUGGAGACUUAAGGAAAAUGUCACUACUGCAACAUUAGGAAUGUCCUGCACUUAAUAGAAUUAUUUUUCACCGCUACAGUUUGAAGAAUGUAAAUAUGCACCUGAGUGGGGCUCUUUGGUUUGUUUGUUUGUUUGUUUGUUUUUGAAAUGAUCAUAAAUAUACAAAUAUAGGACACUGGGUGUUAUCUUUUUUAAUUUUAUUCGGGUAUGUUUUGGAGACAACUGUUUAUAGAAUUUUACUGUAGAUAUAUACCAGAACAGAGCCGUACUUUACAUGAUUACUUUUCCUGUUGAUUGUUCAAAUAUAAUUUAAGAAAAUCCCCUUACUAAGCUUACCUAUUUCUAUGUUUUUAGAUAGUUGAUGCAUGUGGAAAUUUGUAACUGUCUUGGAAAGUACCGUGCAUGUAUGUAAUGAAUAUAUAAUAUGUAAGAGUAUUAUAUAUGACAAUUACGUAUUCAUGCACUGUGGCUUCAAAUGCCAUGCCCACUGGCAAUGGAGGUUCAGUCAGGCUCUCUCAUGUGAUUUACUUUCUGUUAUAUGUUACUUUUAUGUUAAGACAAUCAGGGUUUCCUUUACCAGCCAGAGUUUCCAUCCAUACCUAACAACAGGAUAGUACCCAUUCAGAAGCAAGUCUACAAAGGAAUCUGUGUAACAUAUAACUGCUUUCUAAAAGCUCCAUUUCUAUCAAUGACUUCAAAGCCCUGUCAAGUCACACAAAGUUACACAAAGGAAUCUGUGUAACAUAUAACUGCUUUCUAAAAGCUCCAUUUCUAUCAAUGACUUCAAAGCCCUGUCAAGAUUGCAUAUGGGGGCGGGGGCAAAAGGAUUUGAAGCCAUUUUCCUGUUUCACAAAUCAGACUGUAAACCAGACAAUAAUAUUUUCUAUUUUUCACCAGAAUACAAAAUAUUAGGUUUUUCCCCCCUUUGGAUUCAGAUUUUCAAUUGUGAAAGAUAUUUGACUUUGAUGCUUAUUAUUUCUUUAACAAAAAAGGAAAAAAUCAGUCUAUAGAUUAUGACUACCAUCAAUGUUUUUAGAAAUAUUUGACUAGAAGUAUAAAACAAGGUCCCAGUGCCAUUUUGGAUAGACAUUUUCUAAUCAUUUUUUUUCCAAAGAACUGAAAGAAAUAGAACAUACAAAGUAAAGAAGUCAUUCAUUAAAUUCAAACUCAUUAUCAUUUGUUAGAAAACAGGCUAAUAGAAAGGAGAAAGCCAUCUAGAGCCUGGGGCCUCCAAUUUUUUCAGCUUCAAAAUGCUGUAUUAUAAAAAUAGAGCAAAAAUCCAAAAGAUUAGAAAAAAAUAAAUGUUUUGUCUAUGAGACUGAUGUAUCCCAAAGCCAAAAUUCUUUCCUACACAGAUUUAAAUGACAUCCUCUAUCCAUAUUGGUCAUUUUGUAACCACUUAAAAAGAACAGAAUGUAAGGGUGACCUAUACAGGCUCUUCACCCUAAUUCCUAUGAAAUUAAGCACCAGAAAAGCAUGAGCUUGGAGCCAGUUGUUCUUCCGGUUUCUGUAAGGCCUAGGCCUUUAGUCUGAUCUAGUCCAAACUAAGAUUUUCAAAGAGGCAGCUAGGGGACACAUUUGUGUAUAAGACAUCAAAAGCUAUGUUGUACUGUAAGUGUAGCAUAGCCCCUAGCUUAUAAAAACCUGCCCUUUUCUCCUUACACACACACACACACACACAUCUGUAAAUCUCCAUUAAUAGAAACUUUGGGGUUUUUGUUUGUUUGUUUGUUUGUUUGCUUGCUUGUUUGUUUUAAAUCUCUUACGUUCUCCUGAAGUUCUCGGUUGAGAGUCAUCUCCGAAAUGCCCCAGAACUCUGGUGGAUGAUCAAAACAGUCCUGUUAGUCUUUCCUUUCAGAAAACGGGCUUUUCUCACCUCAUGAUUGAUGAAUUCCAAGCCAUUGGGGGAAAACAAAAAGGCUUUAAAAUAAUGAAUCUCUUUUUCAACCACUGUUAUAUUCAAUUAAUUUAACUACAUUGAACCAAAUUACCUUUGGUUCUGAGAAGACAGCUGUAGACUGCUUAUUAUGCUGCUACAGGGACUCAGUUCUUUUUGGUCUAAAUGUCACUCCUGCUAGCUCUUUGUAUAAAGAAUUAAUUCCAAGAGUCAUAUUUCCUUCUAAUGGAAAGAUACUUUUCUGAUUGCUAGGAAAACAGGGUAAUGGAAGGCACUCAAUUAAGCCAAGCUGCUUCCAAAUGCGAUGUAUGUUUUAUGAUUGGCUUGCGAUAGGCAAUGCUUACUGUGUCUACUUGGCGGUCCCCUUUGAGCUUUGAACUCUUGUCAAACUUUGUUUUCAUUGUUCUGUUGGCUCAGUGUUUCCCAUUGUCAGCCUGUAAAUCCUGCUCUGCUGCAAAGGGAAUUGUUGGUUGCCUCCAGUUACCUUAGAGGAUUUGCUGAGAAUUUUCUCCUCCUCUGCUCCACAGGUGGUGUAGGAAAAAGAUUGUUCCCCACAUUUGCCUGGGUAGGGGGCAUUGGUUUCGAAAUUGUGUCAUUUCCACUAGUGCUGGCAUCUCACUGGGACAGUGUGAACCUUUUGAAGCAAAGGGACAGGAGUCGGCUAGGAACUGGAAUCAGAACCAUACAGUGGUGACCAGUACAGGCACAGCCCACUUUCCAGCCAGAGGAGAGAGCUCCAAUUUUGGCUGCAGUUGCCAACUUUUCCUUUAAAAGAGAAUCAUGUCAUGUUUUUAAUGGUUAAGAAAGCCUUUAAACACUGCCCUUUGAACAUCUCAGUGACUACAGGAAAUUUCAGUAGGGAAAAAAAAAAAAAAAAACUCCCUUUACCACACACAGUCUCAGCAUGCUGUUCCUUCUCCUGAGAACUGGCCAAUGUGCAAAAUGUGGUAGGCUGAGGUAUGCGCUGGAAGAAGGAUCUGGGGUCUGUAGUCUCCUCCAUGCCUCAAGGAUGACAAUCACUGCUGGAUGCAGAUGUUGCACUGAAUCUGCUCAGGGAUGCUUCAUUAACAAAAUAUUCAUCGAGAAGGGGGAAGGGAUAAACAGAAAGAUGCCAAUGAAACCUAAGUGGCAGAAGUUGAACAUGCCAGUGAGAGACCCUCUCUAACAGGCCUCAGGCCAGGCACAGUGGCUUCGUCUCAGAAAAUGAAGGAACUGCUUUUUUUCUUGGGACCUGCCUAAAAGUUCUACACAAGUAAACACAUUAGUUCCAUUCUCUAAAAUGAGCAAAGAACAAAACAACCAGGCUGCCACACUUAUCUCCCAGUUAAUCCAGGCUUCUUGUGUAAGUUGUUAGCAAAAGAAAUGCAGGGAUGGAACUGUCAGUGGGCAGAGCUGACAGCCUGAGUGAAUGACAGCUCCAGUGCAUCUGUACUCUGGAGAAAGAAAGGCGAAGUUUGGAAGGAAAGUGAGGGAUUUCAAAUCUGGGUUGACAGUUACGAAUGGCCAUGCUGUCUGUGACUUGGCCUAUCUUGGUGUCAGUUUUUCUGGGGCUCUUUUGUUCCCAGAUUAAACGUUAAAGGUCAGGAGAUACUUUCCAAGCACACUUUCUGCAUUUUCUUUUUCUUAAUACUUUCUUCAGGGCUCUGAGCUAAAGUACCUCUAAGCAAAAAGCAGAGACUACUGCCGUCUUCAGUGAUUCUAUUCCUCUGGCAGUAGCUGGGAGACUCUAGAUUGUACCCCACUGGAUGUUAACAAGAGGCAACAGGGGACAUCAGGGCAUUUCCAUCAAGGCUGCCUUCUCGAGCAGGUUACUUCCCAGCAGUCAGGCUGAACUAUUUGGAGGAAGCCUUGAAGAUUCAUAGCCAGCUCCCACUGCCUCACUAUAAUGCUGUGCAUAAGAGGCUCAAAUGCUGAAAUAACUCUUAGGGCCCGUGGAUAGCCGAAAAUGUUCCUGUUUUGUUGUUUGUUUGUUUUUGUUUUCUUCCUUUUUUUUUUUUCAAAAACACCAGAAGCAAGUAACAUCAGCGCCAUUCCACACUCUUAGUUUCUCCUUAUUCCAGAAGCAGGGCAUUUUUGGCUGCUGUCCAAAUCAUUUUCCCUGGCUCUUUUUUUUUUUUUUUUUUUUUUUUUCCCUGUAUUAACUCUUGCUUCUAGUGAAAUUACCACAAAGGGCAGUAGGUUCAGGCAAGGAUGUCUCUGCUCUGACAAGCACCAAAUGGUAGAUACAGCUUUUAUGUAUGCACCUGAGGGAAAUGUCUACAGAGUCCCCUUAUAAAGAGGAGGGAAAUGCCACCAAGACAAAGUGCUGUUUGAUGCUCCAUUUGCAACUGCUGGUACAUGCAUACCAGAAGAAAGGCCUGGUAUGGGGAGCCCUGGCCUCUUUUGGAAACAGGCUGAUAAAUAACCCUUUUUCUUUUUGAGGGGAGUAUGUUUCAGAACCAGAGGUGCCUGCCUGUUCAAAUCAACAGAUGAAAACUCAACUCCCGCCCCCCCCAAAAAAAUGGCAAGGAGUGCAUGUAAAUAGCCUUGCAGUCGUAGUAAGCUAGCAAGGAAAUGCCCUACCUGCAAUACGACAGCCAACAUUCAACCGAGGUUGCAUGCUGACAGUGCUUCUGAGUUACGUAAGCUGUCUCGGGUUGUAAAUGAUGACAGUCAUCGCUGAGCAUAGUACAGACCAAACAAACACAUCUCUGAGCAGAAGAGGUCCACAGACUGCCAGCUUGCCGCCUCUAGUUGAUAUAAAAAAUCACAUCUAGAGAGCCAGUCAGGCCAGAUUUGAUGGAGGGUGGUGUUAGAAUGAUGUGAGUACACUGGGGAGAGGAGAGAUCUUGCCUCUCAUUCUCAAUUGAGUUUCGAUAUUUACCCACCACUGCUCAAAGAUAGAGCAACAAGUGGCUCGAACCAAAUAGCAAUCGAAAGGAAGAGGCCAAUCAGUUGAAUGAUGGCUUACAAAAGCCACUCCCACGUGUCCUGCCAAGCCCCACUGUGGAAGAGCUGAAAGAACUAGAUUUCUUGUCUUUUUUGUUUGUUUGUUUUUUGUUUGUUUUUUGUUUUUUGUUUUUUCGGAAACUCAGAUGUAUAGAGCCUGUACGUGUGUCCUUAAAUGUAUGGCUUCAAAAAUCUGUGACACUUUCUCACUUUCUCUUAGUUAUACAUUUCUGAGCAAUUUAUUCUGCCAUCCAGAUAGCCUUGCCCUCUUGUUCUGAAGUGCAGGUCACAGGUUCCUACACAGCAGGUAGGGCUGGCUGGCACUUUUUCCCCUGAAGCUGCUGAAAUUCCUCUGAGGUGAACUGGUCACAGCAACCGUUGCUUCCUGCAUGACCAAAGCACAACCUCCAGUGGAUCAGAGAGACCAGGCUAGUGGUUGUCUUCACAGCCAGAACUAAAGCACAAAGAUUACUGGAAUGAAAUAAAGCCCAACUCUGGGAAACACAGGUUGUCUGCACCCCUGUUGACAGCAUGAGGGUCACAUCACUUAUUCUCUGGCUGUGGCUAAUGGUGAACAGUCUCACGUCACCAGCACAGCUGUACAUAGACACUCAUGAGGAAUGUCUGAAAGCCACAAGCCCCACACCCAAGCACAGCACCGUUUGCUUCAUCCCAUUAACACACACCCAAGAAUGGAAACUACACCCACAGAAAACUGAGUAUGUAUUGUAGAAAUGUAGAGGAAAAAUAAAAAAUAUUUUUUCAAAUGUAAUUACUUUUAAUAUAUGCUUGUGGAAGGUCUAAUACAAUGUAUGCUGUCUCUGUAAUUUUUGCUGUAAAUAACUAGAGACAGUGAAUACACUGAUUUUUCUAUGUCUCUGUUUAAGCAUAAGACUUUGUAACAAUUUUGUAGAGGGGGGUAAACAACAAAGAUAAAAUAUGUACUUGCUUCCUUUCUGAGUGUUUAUGUACCUCUCAGUUUUUUAAAUGGAAACCGGUUGUAAAGGUUUAAGCAUCUUGGUGGGUCAUUGGUGUUAAGUAUCUGCUUCUUUUUGUAAUACAACUAGGAAAGGGACAGGGCUGUCAACUAACUGCUCCAAAGAAUUCAGUGUUGAAGACUGGCCUAAGACCUAAACUCCAGCUGAACUAGACAAUAGGAAAAAGGGAUGGUUAAAAAGAGACUGUUGUCUAAGUGAAAUCGUCUUGACUCCUAGCAAAUGGCUCUGUCCAAAUCCAUUCUGCAUGGACUAGCUUAAGGAAAACAAACCCUGCUUUCUGAUGAACAAAAUAUUUUUGUACGUGUUUAUUUCUUAUUAAUGACUUGAGGUCAGACCACUCAUUUGCUGAAGCCAUAACUGACCUCCACCAAAUAAAUGUUGUAAAGAAGCUGGGGGAGGGUUGGGGAGAGACUGAGAAGUAGGGAAAAAGCUGAGAUGUGGUAAACAACAUAGACGAGAGCAGGGCCAGUGAAACUGAUGUUUUUCCUGCAUCCCAAAUAUGACUUUAAAAGGCUAGUAUUUUAUGAUGAUCGAUUUAUAAAAUAAAAAGAUAUUUAGAUUUAAAUGAGACUUUCCAAUAUUUUUGAAAUCCCUGACAAUGCUUCCUUGCUUUUAGGAUUGAGAUAAAUGAUUUUCCUUUCCUUCUGAUGUUCUGAGAUUUAAUGCUUCUGCCACAGCUCCAGCCUACAGUACAAGGCCCAGAGCCACUGAGUCCAGAGGUGAAGCCAAGGACUGUCUGGGGCGUGGCUGUGCCUACUCCACAGCUGCACCUGAGGAGCAGUGCAGAAGGUACAGCUUGCUCCUCCUUAGCAUGCACGCCACUGUUGGCAGUGCCCCAACGUUGCAUUCCCGCAAGUAUGUAAAAUAAAAGCAUUCAUUCUGAAAAGCUAAGUAUACCUUUAAAAACGAGCAAUGCCUCCUGUAGUCAACCACUGGUUUUUCGGAAGCUGAAUUAUGCUAUUACCAUAUAUUCUUACCAGCCUGUAGAGGCAAAAAGGCAAACUACAAAUAAACCCAGUCAUAUAUGUAGUUUUUAAAUCUACAAUUUUCUGAUCUCUCUCUCUCUCUCUCUCUCUCUCUCUCUCUCUCUCUCUCUCUCUCUCUCUCUCUCUUUGUUUAAUAUAUAAGCCCUAAUUUCUGUGUAUGUGAGUAAAUCUGCAGCCUGAGUCAUUUAGAAAGUAAGCAUUGAAUUUUUUUUUAAUUAUAAAUAUAAUAGAUUAAAGCAGCACCCCCUAACAACUAAAGAGAGUUCUAUAUUACUUUAGAAUGUAAUGGGGUUUGUCCUUAUUUUAUGUCCUGUAAAUUAUUAGUUGAAUACUGUUAGCAUUCCCAGAUAAUGCACACAUGAUUUCUGAAUGUUUCCUGUAAAUGACAAUCAAUGUUUAUGACCUUCCCUCCUUCGAUGCUGAACAAAUUAAAAGAAGAAAAAGAAAAUAAAA